CUAAAGUUUGGCUCCAUCGCAUAGAGCUCCUUGGGGAAAACAGGCUCCACCACCACUCGCCAAUUCGAAUGCUUGUCGAGCCGACAUUCCCAAACGGACCCCCACCCAAUUUUCCCCGUCCUUAUCGGCCCUCCAAUCAAUGUGCUUAAAGCUCAGGCAGUGGCGUAGGACUGAGCACCAAAUUCCUUAAGACGGAAUCCGGAUUCUCUUAUAAAAGAUGUACGGUGAUCACACUGACACGAGAUCGACGUCUCCAGUGGCGUCGUCGGUGAAGGAUUUCGACGUGUUGGGUCACUACAAGGAGACGGGCUCGUUCAGGAGCUGGGCGCAGAAGACUGCGGAGAGCUACCAGCUCCAGCUUGCUCUGGCACUUCGCCUCUCCGCCCAGGCUGCCCGUGCCGAUGAUCCCAAUUUCUUGGAUUUCAAAUCCAGCGACUGGGGAACUCCGUCGCCUUCUGCUUCUGCUGAGGCUAUGUCUCAUCGAUUCUGGGUGAAUGGCUGCUUGUCAUACUUUGACAGAAUUCCGGAUGGUUUUUACCUUAUCCAUGGGAUGGAUCCAUAUGCGUGGACUCUAAGUACUGAUGAGCAGGACAGUGGUCGGGUCCCAUCGUUUGAAUCGUUGAAGGUCGUUGACCCCCGUGACGAUAUGUCAAUCAAAGUGGUUUUGAUCGAUAAAUCUAGAGAUCCUGGUUUGAAGGAAUUGCAGAAUAGGCUAAUCAUUCUUUCUGGUGGCUGGAUUCCCAUAGAAGAGAUGGCUGAUCAGCUUGCAAUAAUUGUUUGUAAUCAAUUGGGGGGUGCGGCUUCUACAGAAGAAAAUUUGGGUGCACGCUGGGGGGAGAGUUUUGAAGUUCUGAAAGACUGCCGAGGCUCUGUCAUACAACCAAUUGGAAGCUUAUCAGUAGGCCUUUGUGUCCAUCGUGCGUUAAUGUUUAAAGUGCUAGCGGACAUAGUUAACCUACCAUGCCGAAUUGCAAAGGGCUGCAAAUACUGUAGAAGGGAUGUAUCUGCCUCCUGCCUUGUGCAAUUUAGCCCUGGAAGGGAAUAUUUGGUUGAUUUGAUUGGGAUGCCAGGAGCAUUAAGCCAGCCAGAUUCCUCACUCAAUGGUACAUCCUCCAUCUUGGUCUCUUCACCAUUAUGUCAUCCAAGAUUUAAACAAGCCAGGGCAGAGAACUCCAGUAUGCUAGCCAAACUGUAUUUCUCCGAUUGCCAGCCACUUCAUCUUCAAUUUGACGAUGCUUCUUCAGGUACUGCUUUCAAUGAAGAUGACAAAACUGGCUCAAAGGUCUCUGGUCAUAUGAGUGACUUUGAUAGAAAAAAUAUUGUACACACUACAAGUGAAUACCAUGAUAGUAAAUCAGUUAGUUCAAGUAUACUUAAUCUUGAUGAAGAGGACUUGGUUAUCCCAUGGAGUGAACUUGUUCUAAAGGAGAAAAUUGGAAAAGGUUCUUUUGGAACUGUUUAUUAUGCUAGCUGGCGCAGUUCAGAUGUUGCCGUCAAAAUUCUUAUUGAACAAGAUUUCCAUGCAGAGCGCUUCAAGGAAUUUUUAAGAGAGGUUGCAACCAUGAAACGUUUACGACAUCCAAAUAUUGUUCUCUUCAUGGGUGCUGUUACUCAGCCCCCAAACUUGUCCAUAGUUACUGAAUACUUAUCAAGAGGUAGCUUGUAUACACUUUUGAAAAUGCCUGAUGCUGGAGUGAUAUUGGAUGAGAAGCGUCGAAUAAAUAUGGCUUAUGAUGUGGCAAAGGGGAUGAACUAUCUUCAUCAACUUAGACCUCCUAUUGUCCAUCGAGAUCUGAAGUCUCCAAAUCUUUUGGUGGAUGCGGCAUAUACAGUAAAGGUUGGUGACUUUGGCCUUUCCCGCUUGAAGGCAAACACUUUUCUUUCAUCCAAAACAGCUGCAGGGACUCCUGAGUGGAUGGCACCAGAAGUUCUCCGUAAUGAGCCAUCUGAUGAGAAGUCUGAUAUUUACAGCUUUGGUGUAAUCUUGUGGGAACUUGUGACCCUGCAACAGCCUUGGAGAAAUUUAAAUGCACCACAGGUUGUUGGUGCUGUCGGUUUUAAGGGUGAAAGGCUCGAGAUUCCAAACACUGUAAAUCGUGAAGUGGCUGCCUUGAUUGAGGCCUGCUGGGUUAGUGAACCCCGGAAACGCCCUUCAUUCUCGCAAAUUAUGAAAUCUUUGCAGCAAGUUCUCAUAAAUUUCAAAACUCAGCGAGCUCGUGCACACAUUCCAUGAUUUAUCAAGAGGGCUGGAACACUAGUAAGAUAUGUAUAUACGUUCAUGCAUGUGCAUCGUUGCCCUUUUGAUGCUCUCUCUCAUAGUAGCCAGAAUUCUUAUUGUGCUAAUCAUUCAGGGCCUCUGCCCCAGAAAGCGUUCAUGGAAAAAUAGGUUUGUUACUGAUCUCAGUUUCUAUUUUCUAAGAGGACAAUGUCUACUUUAAAAAAGGAAGCAUAGCCUGGAAUUCCUGCUCUCUCACCUGGGGGCAUUCUGACUUAACCCCAAAUGAAAAAAUAUAUAUAUAUAUAUAUAUAUCGAUGAGUUUGUCAGAGAGAAAUCAAAGAACGACCCAGUAUCCACUGCCAUGGUUUGCAAGUUUUGGGUCUUGUACUUUUCAAAAGCUAAUUUGAUGUUUGAACCCAAAAGCCUCAAAUGGCAAUGAUCAGAACUCUAUUGUUUGUGUCCCUGAUGUUUGAUGGGAAGACCUUUGAUGCAGAAACUCGAUCACUGCACCA